AGUGAAUCUGCAGGACUCGGCUCACCACGCCUCGGUACGGUGAGUUCGUCAGCCAUAUUGACUACCUCUUCUCCGGUCGUGGGAGACUGGCGGAGGAGUCUCCUCCAAUGAAGCCUGUAUCACUAUAGCUACACUCCCAAUACGCAGCGUGUCCGGGAACCUGCGCAGAUAACGGGAACGUGAAACGGUCUAUUUUUAAUCGCUGUGGAUAUAUAAAGUACUGCUGCCUGCUGGAGGGGGGUGACAGUUGGGACACAUCCUCGGCGCAGCUAGGCGUUAGAGGCGCUGGUGCCCAUAGCGAGGCAGGAUAACGGAGGACGACUUCUUCCUGUUUGAUCAUCAACAGGGGACAGGCGGAGAGAGGAGAAAGAUGCCCAAACCGAUCAAUGUGCGCGUCACCACCAUGGACGCUGAGCUGGAGUUUGCCAUCCAGCCCAACACAACAGGCAAACAGCUCUUCGAUCAGGUGGUGAAAACAGUAGGUCUGAGGGAAGUCUGGUUCUUCGGCCUGCAGUACACAGACAGCAAAGGCUACGUGACGUGGCUCAAACUCAACAAGAAGGUGACCCAGCAGGAUGUCAAGAAGGAGAAUCCUCUGCAGUUCAAGUUCAGAGCAAAGUUCUUCCCCGAGGAUGUUUCUGAGGAGCUCAUCCAGGAGAUCACACAGAAACUUUUCUUCCUGCAGGUGAAGGAGGCCAUUCUGAAUGAUGAGAACUACUGUCCUCCAGAGACAGCUGUGCUGCUGGCCUCUUACGCCGUCCAGGCCAAAUACGGAGAUUACAACAAAGAUGUUCACAAGCCUGGAUACCUGGCAUCUGACCGGCUACUGCCACAGAGAGUUCUGGAGCAGCACAAGUUGACAAAGGAGCAGUGGGAGGACAGAAUACAGACGUGGCACGAGGAGCACAGAAGCAUGCUCAGGGAGGACGCCAUGAUGGAGUAUUUGAAGAUCGCUCAGGACCUGGAGAUGUACGGCGUCAACUACUUUGAAAUUAAAAACAAGAAGGGCACAGAGCUGUGGCUCGGGGUCGACGCCCUGGGACUCAACAUCUACGAGCAUGAAGACAAGUUGUCACCAAAGAUCGGCUUCCCGUGGAGCGAGAUCAGAAACAUUUCCUUCAACGACAAGAAAUUUGUCAUCAAGCCCAUCGACAAGAAGGCUCCAGACUUUGUGUUCUACGCCCCUCGGUUGCGGAUCAACAAGCGUAUUCUAGCGUUAUGUAUGGGAAACCAUGAGCUGUACAUGAGGAGGAGGAAGCCUGAUACCAUAGAGGUGCAGCAGAUGAAAGCUCAGGCCAGGGAGGAGAAGCACCACAAACAGAUGGAGAGAGCACAGCUGGAGAAUGAGAAGAAAAAGCGAGAGCUUGCAGAGAAAGAGAAGGAGCGAAUAGAGCGAGAGAAGGAUGAGCUGAUCGAGAGGCUGAGGCAGAUAGAAGAGCAAACGCAGAGAGCUCAGAAAGAGCUGGAGGAGCAGACCCGCAGAGCCCUGGAGUUGGAGCAGGAGAGGAAGCGAGCGAAGGAAGAAGCAGAGCGGCUGGAGAGGGAGAGGCAGGCGGCGGAGGAGGCCAAGGCAACACUGGCUCAACAGGCUGCUGACCAGAUGAAGACCCAGGAACAACUGGCUGCUGAGUUAGCAGAGUUCACUGCCAAAAUUGCUCUGCUUGAGGACGCAAAGAGGAAAAAAGAAGAGGAAGCAACAGAAUGGCAACACAAAGCUCUGUCAGCACAAGAGGACUUGGAGAAAACAAGGGAAGAACUUAAGACAGCCAUGACAUCUCCACCGGCGCCAGAACACGAUGAGGAGGACGAAACGAAUGCCGAGGCCAGCGCCGAGCUUCUCAGCGACGGCGUCACGAGCCACCGCAGCGAAGAGGAACGAAUCACUGAGGCGCAGAAGAACGAGCGCGUAAAAAAACAGCUACAGGCUCUGAGUUCAGAGUUGGCCGAGGCUCGGGAUGAUACCAAGAAAACACAGAACGACAUGCUCCACGCUGAAAAUGUCAGAGCGGGCAGAGACAAGUACAAAACCCUACGGCAGAUCCGCCAGGGCAACACCAAGCAGCGCAUAGAUGAGUUUGAGUCCAUGUGAGCCGGAAACGUGGAUGGACACGAAAAGAUGAAGAGACAAACUAGUUUGUCUCAUUGCCAUGCCAACGCCUCGUUCUCCUUGUAAAGCCCAAAACCUGCUGCCCCUGCAGGAUAUCUUACCUUUUUUUUUCUACCCAGGAGAAAGACGGGAUACCGGGCUUCGUAGCUUCCGCCUCGCCAAAGCUCUGCCUCGCAGCGGUUGGCCAGCCACACACUCAGCUAUCUGCUUUUUAGAGCUCUGCCCUCACCCCAAUGAAGCACACGUCUUUUAAUCAGUCUGGACAAAUAGCAAGCAACAUAUCCUCCCCUGUACAUUUCUAUCAAUUAAAAUGCUUGCAUGUUUGAUAAUUAAACAAUAUCACAACCUUUAGAGAAAAUGUGACUGGACAGAAUUGGUUUCUUUUAUUCAACAAAAAUAAAAUGAUCAUUUGUAGCUAUAGCUUAUUGAUGUUGGGAGCACGCUUUAAUCUGUACCUUUACUUAUUUUGUCUUCAGCUGAACAAUUUAAAUUUUUUUAAGCUGUCUUACUCGUGUUAUUUCUUUCCCGUUCACUACUGUCAUUUUGUUUUGGUACAGUUAUGCUGUCUGUGACGUUCAGCAGUGAACUUAUGUUCUUGAAUGGCUGUCAGCUCGCAAAUGCCCGCAAAGAGCUGUGAGCAGGCAGAUAAGCAAACUACAUUUGCUUGGCAUUCUGUCUAUUGAGGCAUUUGUUUCAGUAUAUAUUUUGUCCCACAAUAAAGAAUGAAUUUAUAUUUCCAAUAAUAUAGAAUCAUCUUAGUGCUGACUCAGUUGUCAGACAGAAUGAGUGCCAGAUAUGCACCUUCAAAGAUACUGUUGUCAUUAAACUCAAGGACUGCUGAAUUUGCUACUUGAAGCUCAUGUGUCAUGUAUGACUUUUCACUAGAUUCAAAGUAGACAGCAACAUGCAUUCAUGUGAAAAACUAAGUACGCCCUUACUGCCUCCAUAGGAAUUACAAGGGUAAGUAGCGGCCAGGUGCUGCUAAUCAGUUGAUUAAUUGAUCAUCAUAAAGUUUGUGCACCACUAUAAAAGCAGAAGUGUUGGCAGUUUGCUGCUCUGGAGCCUUCAGCUGUGUGCUGAUACAAUCUUUGUGGCAGUGGAUAUCCCCGCAAAUUCACCCCGAGGUCAGACCAUGCAAUGUUUAGAGAAACUGCAAAAACCCAAGGCUCCACAGGCCUCAGUGAAAUGUUAAAGUUCAUGACAGGUUUUUCUCCUGCAAGUGUUGCCAGGAGAAAGGAUCUUUUCUCUAAAAGAACAAUGAACAGAAACCAAACACGACAUAUUGCCACAAAAACCUCUCACCAACUGUGAAGCACGGUGGUGGAGGUGUCAUGAUUUGGGGUUGUUUUGCAGCCACAGGGCCGGGGCAUGUUGCAGUCAUCGAGUUGAUCAUGAACUCCUCUGUAUACCAAAGUAUUGUAGAGUCAAAUGUCAAACUGGGUCAUGCAACAGGACGCACAGCAGCAAAUGCACAAUGAAAUGGUUUUGCAAUAGCCCAGUCCAAGUCUAGAACUCAACCUGACUGGAUCGCUGUGCCUUAGAUAGAACACUGAGUUUUAUAACAGUCGCUCAUUUUCAUGCAGGUGAAAAUCCCCCAGUGUUGGUGUUCUAGGGUUAAGAGGGCAUGAAUGCCUGCAAACCACAAUGAACUGAAGCAAUGGUGUAAAGAAGAGUAAAAUUCCUCCACGAUAUGACUGAAAGUCAUGCAGAAAAGUUAUUGCUGCUAAAGGUGCUUCGUGUUAUUGAAUCAUGGAAUGUACUUAAGUUUUUCACAGGACUGCAAAGAGCCCAGUGGAAAUUUUGUUUUUUUCACAUAACUAUAUUUUUAAGUAACUUCACAAGAUGUAACGGAAAUGUUUUCAUUCUGCAGCACUUUUCAUUGCUUCCUGCUACAGCAGCUAAAUCUUCAAAGAAAAAAACAAAACAGGAAGAACAGUAACUGCAGUGGAGCAGUGGUGUCGCUUCACUUACUGUGUCAAAAAAAUCUCUUCUAAAAUCAGCGUUUUAUUCAAAACACAACCAUUUUUUGAUCAUGGAAGUUUCUUUGGUGACAUCUGUGGUUCAGUGCUUUAUUUAAUACAAAAAAAUGUUCAUAGAGGUAAAUUACAAGUCCUAUAGCAAAAUAUACCCAGUACAUGGACCAAGCAACAUGUGAAAGCUUUAUUGAGGCUUUUAUUAGUCACUUUUACAUCACUCACAAGAACAGUCAACAAGUCUUAUUCAGCCACAUUUUCCCUGAUCCUGUAGGUAUGUCACAUUUGUUUUAUCUGCUUUUGUUUUGGGUUUCAAUCUCUAAAGCUUAAUCGAGUAGAACGCUACUCCACAAUGAUGGAUUUGUAGAACCAAAGGAAAAAGAUGAACAGUAAAACUCAUACAGGGAAAAGCUUGUCAGCCAGUUCAGGAGGUUUGUUAUGUACUGUACAUUAAACCAAAAAGUGAAACGUUC